AUUGACAUUUUUCAUUGUCACCUAUCAUCCAGCAUGACGCGUACCUAAAUAGUAAUUUAUGUUUUAUUCAAUAAAAUACGACUAUUUGUAUAUAAAACAUUGAAAAAAAAAAGCUCCUGUAAUAUUCAGUUACUGAAGUGGGCUGCUGGCAAUAAUCAAAAACCACCAUGCCGUACGCUAACCAACCUUCUGUGCAUAUAACUGAACUAACCGACGACAAUGUUAAGUUUGUAGUAGAAGAUACUGAAUUAAGUGUAGCUAACAGUAUGCGCCGUGUGUUUAUCGCUGAAACCCCGACUAUGGCUAUAGAUUGGGUUCAGUUGGAGGCAAAUUCAACCGUCCUUAGUGACGAAUUUCUAGCCCAUCGAAUCGGUCUCAUACCGUUAAUAUCAGAUGAUGUCGUUGAUAAAAUUCGCUAUUCAAGAGAUUGUAUGUGUGCAGACUUCUGUUCCGACUGCAGUGUCGAAUUCACUUUAGAUGUGAAAUGUACAGAUGAUCAAACUAGACAUGUAACAACUGCAGAUUUAAAGUCGAGUGACCCCAGAGUAGUUCCAGUCACAUCCCGACAUCGAGACGAAGAUCAAGCAGAUUAUGGUGAGAUGGACGAAAUCUUAAUUAUUAAGCUGAGAAAAGGUCAAGAGUUGAAGUUACGGGCUUAUGCUAAGAAAGGAUUUGGGAAAGAACAUGCUAAAUGGAAUCCAACAGCGGGUGUUUCAUUUGAAUAUGAUCCUGAUAAUGCUAUGAGACAUACUCUUUAUCCAAAACCAGACGAAUGGCCAAAAAGUGAGCACACAGAGCUUGAUGAAGACCAAUAUGAAGCAGAAUUCAAUUGGGAAGCGAAACCAAACAAGUUCUUUUAUAAUGUAGAAUCUGCUGGGGCUUUGAAACCCGAAAAUAUAGUCUUAAUGGGUAUAGUGGUUUUAAAAAAUAAGUUGCUUAAUUUACAAGUACAGUUAGCACAAGAAGCCCAAAAUGAUGCAUUAGCAAUUAAUUAAAUUUCUAAAUAAUUAUAUUAUUAAAUAAUACAUUUAAGCUCA